CUGUGGGCUUUUGGACUGGUCUCGGUCUUAGUCUUCCUUAAGCUCAUUCGCCUGCUGCUGCGGAGGCAGAUGCUAGCCAGGGCUAUGGACAGAUUCUCAGGGCCCCCCACCCACUGGCUCUUUGGGCAUGCCCUUGAGGUGUUGGAUUGCUUCCUGUGCUCCAUUUCAACCUGGUUAUUCCUGGUGCUGGAGUUUAUCUUUGGUGCUGAAGACAGAGACAGGUGUUGGAGGCCAAGCAUACGCAGGCUUUGGGACUGAAAAACCUAGACUUGAGAGUUGUGUGCCACUGGGCAAGGCCCACCGUACUUCCCAGCCAAUAUGUGGUGCUAGAAGAGUCAAGAUGACCUGUGUCAACCUCAUCCAAAGCUUCCCAAGCUCCUUCUGUUGAGCCAGGGGUUGCUUCCAUGUGUUAUGCAUUCACAUACAUUCACAGAUACAUGUGCAGUAGUAUACUUUUCUCUGAAAGGGAAGACGGAGGAUAAAGUCACUUACUUGUCUCUAGAGUUGGGGGAAACCAUUUCUCUGCUCCUUGGAGCAUCACGCAUAGAUCCCUUCCUCCAAGCUCCCCAUGGCUCCCUGCUCAUUCUCAUAGCUGAAUCGCCAAAGAGUUUGUGUAAAUUGAGUCUUUUUUUUUCUCACUGAUUUUCAUGGUUUUUUUCAGGGAUGCUGCCUCAUCUCAAUUUUUGCUUCUUGUCAAGCACUCCCAAGCCCUCUGGCUUUGACUACACAGAUUUGCUGUCCUUGACACUGCCUGGGGCUCACAAACAUGCUGAGUGCUCAUGAAUCUGAUCCAGCAGACCGGGAGUUUGGACAAGGUGGUGUCCUGGACUCACCAGUUCCCUUACGCCCACCAACUCUGGCUUGGACAAUUUCUUGGCUUCCUGAACAUCUAUGAUCCUGACUAUGCCAAAGCUGUGUACAGUCGAGGAGACCCUAAGGCCCCAGAUGUGUAUGACUUCUUCCUCCAGUGGAUUGGGAAAGGCUUGCUGGUUCUCCAAGGGCCUAAGUGGUUCCAGCAUCGCAAGCUGCUCACACCUGGCUUCCACUAUGAUGUGCUGAAGCCCUACGUGGCCGUGUUCGCCGAGUCCGCACAUGUCAUGCUGGACAAAUGGGAGAAAAAGGCUCGUGAGCAAAAGAGCUUUGACAUCUUCUGUGAUGUGGGCCACAUGGCACUGGACUCGCUCAUGAAAUGCACCUUUGGCAAAGGAACCAGCGGCCUGAACGACAGGGACAGUAGCUACUACCUGGCGGUCAGUGAACUCACACUGCUGAUGCAGCAGCGCAUCGAUUCCUUCCAGUACCACAAUGACUUCAUCUACUUUCUCACCCCGCAUGGCCGCCGCUUCCUGCGGGCCUGCCAGGUGGCCCAUGACCACGCAGACCAGGUCAUCAGGGAACGGAAAGCAGCUCUCCAGAACGAGAAAGAGCGGGAGAAGAUACAGAGCAAGAGGCACCUAGACUUCCUGGACAUUCUCUUGGGGGCCCGGGAUGAAGAAGACAUCAAGCUGUCAGAUGAAGACCUCCGGGCCGAGGUGAAUACAUUCAUGUUCGCAGGCCAUGACACCACCACCAGUGCCAUCUCAUGGGUUCUCUACUGCAUGUCCCUGUAUCCCGAGCACCAGCGUCGUUGUCGGGAAGAGAUUCAAGAGAUUCUUGGGGACCGGGACUCCUUGAAGUGGGACGAUCUGGCGGAGAUGACCUACCUGACCAUGUGCAUCAAGGAGAGCUUCCGCCUGUACCCGCCUGUGCCCCAGGUGUACCGCCAGCUCAGCAAGCCUGUCGACUUUGUGGAUGGUCGCUCUCUGCCUGCAGGCAGCCUGAUUUCUCUGCACAUCUAUGCCCUUCAUAGGAAUAAUACAGUGUGGCCUGACCCUGAGGUCUUCGACCCCUUGCGCUUUUCUCCUGAGAAUGUGGCUGAACGCCACAGCUUUGCCUUCAUCCCCUUCUCUGCUGGGCCCAGGAACUGUAUUGGCCAGCAGUUUGCUAUGAACGAGGUAAAGGUGGUCAUAGCCCUCUGCUUGCUCCGUUUUGAGUUUGCCCCGGAUCUCUCGAGGCCACCCAUCCAGAUGCCCCAACUGGUCCUACGCUCCAAGAAUGGCAUCCACCUCCACCUGAAGCCUCUGAGCCCGGGCUCUGAGAAGUAGCUCUGCUGAGAUGAGGACCCCAGAGAGCCCAAUCUGUGGCCUCUUCCUGGACUCUGCUCUCUCCAAGCUGGUUGUAGAGUAGUUGUGUUCCCCUCUCUGCUGUAGGCUUGUGGACUAGAAGCAGAAUAGGCAUCUGAUAGAUAAUCACCUCAAAGGCAAUGCCAUGUAAACAUGUAUGUCUAUAAAUGCUUACUGCACAUGUG